AUGGCCAUGAUCUCGGAUGCGUUCGUCUCAAAAUUGUGUUGGACGCUGUUAACCUAUGCAAACGGAGAGGCCGUCAAGAUCUUGGGUUUGCCCAACGAAAUAAAGAAGCUCCAUAGGAGGCUGGAGAGGAUACAUGACGUUCUCGCUGAUGCAGAGGAUAAACGCUUCAACAACCAACCCAUCAAUCGUUGGCUGAACGAGCUGCGAGAUAUCAUGUAUGAUGCAGACGACAUCAUCGAUGAAUGCCGGAUCGAGGGCGAGAAGCUUCUUAACUCAAACUCAUCCUCAUCUCAUUGGGCUGAGUUGGUACGUUGUUGCUACCCUCCCAUUGCUUUCUUGUACAAAGUUGGAUUCCGUCAUGAGAUUGGCCAUAGAAUUAAGGAUCUCAACCUUAGGCUUGAUGAACUUGCCAAGGACAAAGCCGACCUCCAUCUUACACCUGCUCUUCGUAAUGACGGCUAUAAGAGUAGAAUUAGCCCCAAGACAUCUCCUGUACUUAUUGAACCUAAUCUUGUGGGAGAGAAAAUUGAGGAUGAUACAAGGAGGCUGGUGGACCUGCUGACAAAAGAAAAUAAGAAAAAAUUUCCAGUCGUUGCUAUUGUCGGCAUGGGUGGGAUAGGCAAAACUACUCUUGCUCAGAAAAUUUACAAUGAUGAGAAGCUUCGGGACAACUUCAACCAAAUGCCACGGAUUUGGUUGUGCGUGUCCCAACAGUUCUCAGACUCCGGUUUGUUGAGAUCUAUCAUAAAACAAGUUGGAGGUAAUCCUGGAGAUGCUGAGGAGAAUGAAGUGCUUGAACCCAUGCUUAGCGAAUUACUUAGGAACAAAAAAUUCUUCACAGUCUUGGAUGAUGUUUGGGAUGCACGGGUAUGGGAUGAGCUAUUGAGAAAGGCCAUGCAGAGUGGUUUGGCAGAUAGUAGAAUUUUGAUAACAACUAGAAAUAUAAGCAUUGCUGAACAGAUGGGUGCCAUAUACAGUCACACGGUGGAGAAGUUGUCUCAAGAGGAUGGUUGGUCAUUAAUUUGCAAGAUGGUGUUUGAGGAAGGGGAUGAACAAGAUAUGCAUGACUUAAGUGAUAUAGGGAUGAAAAUUGUAGAAAAAUGUGACGGACUUCCCCUUGCUCUUAGGACUACGGGGGCGCUUCUUCGAACUAAGGCAAAAAGGCCAUUGGAAUGGGAAAAGGUCCUUUCUAGCUCAGCAUGGUCUUUUACUAAGCUUCCGGAUGGGGUGAUGGGUGCUUUGUACUUGAGCUAUCUGCAUUUACCACCUCCUCUCAAGCAGUGCUUCACUUGCUUUUCAUUAUUUCCCGAGGACUACCUAAUUCGUGAAUAUAUUUUCGUCAGUAGUUGUAUUGCAGAGGGCUUUGUAACAUCCGAGGACGAUACAUUGGAAGAGGUGGUAGGAGAGAAUUGGAAGGAGUUGGUGCAAAGGAACCUCCUACAGCCAGAUCCUAGGUGGUAUGAUCAAAUGCGUUGCAGGAUGCAUGACCUCACGCGAUCUCUAGCUCAGCAUAUAGCUAGGGAAGAGUGCUUCGUCGGAGAUGCACGAGCAUUUGAACACAAGAUCAUGUCCUCCUCCUCAUCAUCAUCGAUAAAAUUACGCCGUUUAUCAAUUGUAGAUGAAAAAUUAGAAAUCUUGCCAGACUUUAUAAUAAAACAGACAUCGUUGAGGACCCUGGCAUUCUUCCAUACCCCACUUAUUCGUGAUCUUCCGGAAGAUCUCUUCAAAAAGCUAAGGAGUUUAAGGGUCCUGAACUUAAGUGAAACAGCCAUUGCCAAACUCCCAACUUCCUUGGGAGACCUUGUGCACCUAAGAUACCUCGAUCUUUGUGAGACUCCGAUAAGAGAGAUACCAGAAAGUAUGGGAAAUCUUAGAAAUCUCCAAUUUCUGUUUCUCCGGAAUUGUAAAUAUUUGCACGGCCUCCCUAGUAGUGUUGUGGGGUUAAUCAAUCUGAGGUUUCUAGACGUCAGGGAUGCACCACUUGAUGGUCUGCCCGUGGGAAUAAGAAAACUGCAUCAACUACGCUUACUUGGGGGAUUUGUGUCGAAUGGUAGCGAGGGCCGCAGAUCUGGAGCAGGGGGAGAUCCACACGGGAGGUUCUGUACCUUGGAAGAGUUGAAAUCCCUCACUCAGCUCCGGUGUAUGAGCAUACAGAACUUGGAGAGGGUAUCAAACAGGGCUGAAGCAAGAGCCGCCGCACUCAAAGCCAAGUCCCAUCUCGGAGUUCUAUUUUUGCAUUGCACACUACCGAGCAGCUCUUCUGAUGUGCAGCAGCCUCAUGCCAAUGAUUACAAGGAGGAAGAUAUCAAGAAAAUAGGAGAGGUAUUCGAGGAGCUCUGCCCACCGCCAUCCGUUGAACUACUUGAAAUCAAUGGCUACUUCGGCCGUAAGUUUUCCAGCUGGAUGAUGACACCCUCCUCGUCAUCUCUCCGUAACCUACGAUGGCUGGAGCUGAAGCAUUGUAGUCUAUGCCAGCAACUUCCACCCUUGGGAAUGCUGCCACAACUGGAUAACCUCUGCAUUGAAGGUGCUUUUGCAGUCACAAGCAUCGGGCUUGAAUUGUUCUUCUUGGCAGAUGCUGGGGCAGGAGGGCGGAAUGGAAGAAUAACAUACUCUUGCUGCUCCUACUUUGCCAAACUAGAGAAACUUAUAUUUGAAAACAUGCCUAAUUGGGAAGAAUGGUGGUGGCGGUGGGAGGAGGAGGACAACCAGACAACAUCAUUGCUACCUUCUCUCAAGUUAUUGAAAAUUCUUAAAUGUCCGAAGUUGAGAUCUCUUCCGAAGAGCCUUCUCGGUCAUGCUACCGCUUUGAAGGAGUUAUAUAUUACCGGUGCCCACAGCCUGAGAGAAAUACAAAACCUCCCCUCUCUUAUAGAAUUGAUCUUGAUUGAAAACUCGAGUCUGGAGAGAGUAUCCAACUUUCCUGGACUCAAACACCUACGCGUUCAUGAUUGUGAGGAAUUGAAGGUUGUGAAGGGUGUGGAUGCCGUGGAGCACAUACGGCUCGAUGAUCGAGGAGAAGGGUCUCUCCCAGACUGGUUAGUACGUGCUGGUGAAGAGCAACCAUAUUUUCCUUCCCUCCACAAGUUGACUCUCUCCAACAAAAUCUAUCGCCGAGGGCUGCCCGAUUGGCCUCUGAUCUGAUGGCACAACACCCAUCUCAUGUUGAAGCAAUCAGCAAGUAUGGGCCAACGACAAUCAACUGUACAAGAAAAAGCUGCUUCAGCAAGCCAGGGAUGGAUGUUAUACUACUCGGCAACUGUUUGAUAUUAUGCAUCAUUCUCAUCCUUUCAGAGAAAGGAUCGAUGACCGCAAGAUGACGGUGUUCCAAACUUCAUUAUUUCACAUGCUUGGCCGACAAAAGUUAGCAUCAUGGACAAAACCUCAUGAGAUCAGUGUAUCAUACUUGGGGAGUAUCAGACAUUGGAAAGAUGCGAAUGAAAGUAUGGAGUCUGCGAGCAAGCACAUUUACGAAUUCUGGGACCAUUUGUUUUGGGGAUUUGACCGCGGAAAUCAUGUUCGACGUAUUAUUACCACAUUUGGAUGGACAAGGAUUCGAAAGAAAUAACAUUUUUUGGAGUAUUUGCAUGAAUGCAUGACCAGAUGGAUUCAUGAAUGCAUAAAUCGUAUUUUGUACUUUGAUGUGAGAGCAUGUAACAGCAAAAUUCUCGCAAUUCCUUCAAGCAUUCUGCAAGAUUCUUCUAAAGCAAAUUAGCACUCGAAAACAUGAUAUUGUUCUUGUCUAUGUAACAAAAAUGUGAUAGAGGAAACAUCUUGUGUGUCGAUCAUCUAUUGAAAAAGUUCUUUUGAUGCAUCUGUCAAUGUGACCAUAUGAAAACCAUUAGACCCGAAAA